GAACGAUUGUUCUGGUCCUCGUGGGAAGCACAGAUUUUACCAAACCCCUUACGUGCCAUCGGUCAAGUAGCCAGCUCUUAUCUCAUGACUAAAGACUUGGAUGGAAUGGCUUCUUACUUCGAUCGUUCUUCCAAACAAUUUGGUAAUAUGUUGGAGACGAUACUGACGCAACAGAACAUGAAAGCACUUCUGGAUCACAAUUUUGAGGCGAAUCUCGGUCUUCUUGAACAAAUGAUCGCCAAUCCAUUCCUGCCUAUCUCUACGGCUACUACUGCUGCAUGUGCGCUGGAAAAUUUGAUACAACAGUACGGUUCUAAAGCAAAAGCACUGGAGCAUUGGAAACAUGGGACUUCUGAAUACUGGCCAAUUCAAAUUCUCAAUAAACGAUUUCAGGGUAUUUCCCAUCUACAGAAAUUGCGAAACAUCCAUAACGCGGUAGAUGAUCUGUGCAAAUCCGGCAACCUGUUUGCUGCGCAUUCUCUCCGUCAAUGGGCCACUCAAAUGGGGCUGCUCUUAUUUCCCAAAACAAACGAAUUGAUGGUUUUGACACCGUACUUCGUUACUCCAAGCUUUCGGGCGUACCCGCUGGAGAAAUGGGCUCUCAGCCAUGAUCUUUGUCAGCACACUCCGGUGUCCUUGAGUGGACGACAGCUACGCGCCCUAGAUGAAUUGAUUACCUCCAAAUCCAUACAAGCGGCAAAUCUUACUUCGAUCCCUCACGAUACCGCAAAGUGGUUGGUAGAUAACGUGUCUGAACCCCGCUCUUCCUCGCACGAGAUUGAUUUGAAUAACACUAACUGUCUGCCCACGUGGUUGGUUGUCGCUCAGUGUCUACAACACAGUGGUUCCCAUUUUGCUCAACCUUCAACUUGGUUCACACUUGGUUCAACUUGGCUGGAUCAAGUGCCCGAUACAUCCAUGUGGUUGAGGGAUCUGACCGAUUGGAUUCGUUUUGCUCCCAGUGUGGAACACAAAAGCGCGCUCUUGCUGGCCGGUUUGUUUCAUUCAAAAUCACAGAGUUGGAUCAUCAAAAACUAUUUGAUGAAUUCAAAUGCAGUUUAUUCGUUGUUGGUCAGCGAAGCCAUUGAGCAGUUAUCCGAAGAACAGCGAAAACAAUUAUACGAGAUAUUAAAACCGCAACAAACGAACGUGGAGGCCGUCGCAAAUGUGGUCCGUGAAUUGUCCAUUACACCAAUGGAUAUGGAGAAAGUCAAACGCGCUGCGGAUACCAUUCCGAAAGACUGCCUAACAAAAGAAUUAGCUUCGCUGAUUGGUGCGAAACCAUCCUUGAAACCAAACGUGUUACAGUUUUUGUCAAAACAUCAUCCUGAUUUAGUCCCGGCCUUUUUCAACGAUGUGCUGGCAACCAUAAGCAUUCGGCCACGUUUUCUGCGAUUAGCUCGUCAAUUCUAUGACGACAUGACUGAAGCGAAAAUUGAACUAUCACAAUUGGAUGUGAAGAAUCAAGCUUUUAUGUACACGGCUGUCCAUCUGUUGGAUCCAGUGCAAUCGUUAACUCCGGAAACUUUUGUAGGUUUGAACAAAUUCCUCACGGUCAUCGCCGAGCACAUGGACGGCAACUUGUUGCAGUCGGCUGUGCUAAAUGCACGGCCUUUCAUAUCCUACGGGAUUGGUGAAGCUUUUCUUGCACUGGCACGUUUCUAUCGUGGGGAAAAACUGGAUUGGUUCGACCGUGCUUGUAUCCGUUAUCACAAACUAGGUCCACUGUUACAAAUUCGAGGGACCUCCACCGUUAGGUCGAAGCAAUCAACUGCUCGUUAUGUGGAUCCUAAUGAAGAACUGUCCCUCCGAUACAUUCUUUAUUCACAGUCCGCCAUUCUCCGUCAACCGUUAUCAGCGGUUGCGGAAUCUCUUAUCCGAGCUCAAUCAGACCCAGAUCAAUUGAACAGUCAGUUGGCCCUCGUUUCUGCCUCCUGGAGUAUACAACGUCGUAACGCUCUUCUUGCCUACCUCACUGCUGAAGGUGCAAGUCAAGUGAUCGAACGAGUGAUUGCUCUUACUCCCGAAUCAAAUCGUUUGAAACAACUUCCAUUCCAAGCUUUCGCAACCAUGAUUCAGGCACAUUACAAGGCGGAUGUGAACCCGGAAGAAGCCCGAAAAGUGAUCCAGUCUGCUCUCUCCUCACUCGCCCAGAUACCCGCUUCAGAUAUUGCUUCGUGCUUGAAAGGUCCACACGUGGAGUCACUUUUCCGAUGCUGGCCGAACGAGAAGCUCCCAGAACUCGUCAAAUUUGUGCACGAUUCUUCGCCGACGGAACGAAGCUCUAUCAAUCUUCAGCUGACCUCCAUUUUGAUCAAUAGGGGGCGACUUGAUUUGGCCGAACAAUUAAUCAAGGCGAUCGGUCCGUUACCAGUGACUUUCCUAGCUGGUAGUCCUCGUCAUACACUUCUACCGGAGGAUUUCAAAGCAACAUUAAAGUAUUUGCGGGCUGCUGAUCCGGACCAUGUUCCUGCAUUUGUGGACACAUGCUUGCGUAAUGCCGGUAAGUGGUGGUUGUUGUGGUCGUGA